GGAGAUGAGCAUGUGACCUAUUGCCUGGCGGGGAAUUCAUCAUGGAAGGAGUUGGCGACACUGUCUUCGUCACCAUUCAGAAGGUCUAUUACCCACUGCUUUGCAUCAUGGGUAUUCCAGCAAACCUCUUCACCUUCUACAUGAUCUGCUUCCGAAAAUGCGGAAUGUCUGACACUGCCGUGGUGUAUCUGAGCUGCCUCGCUAUUGUGGACACCUUCUACCUGGUGUGGGUGAUCCUUAUUGACCUGACCCUUACCUUCUGGCUGCUGCAGCCCUUCUGGCACUCCCACCCGUGGUGUGGCAUCCUGGACUUCCUGCAGUACGGCUCCCUCUGCAGUUCGUCGUGGAUUGUGGUGGUGUUCACCAUCGAGCGCUACCAGGUCCUUCGUAGCGCGGCGGCCAAGCAGCACUUCUCACAGGCGAGGGUCACUAAACUGAUCUGCACGGCCAUCGUCGCGGCGUCCCACUUGGUGUCGGUGCCGCUAGGCUGGAUCAAUGUCGUUACGUCCGCCAACAUUACGGUAGCUGGAGAAAACGUGACCCUGCCUCGAUGUCAAUACCGGGAUGAGAUCUACGCCACUGUCAUUGUGUGGAUAACCACCUUUCUCUCAGGAGGUAUCCCCAUAGUGCUGGUUAUUAUCUUCAAUUACCUCAUCGGGCAUCAUCUGUGCCGCGCCAGUAACAUGUUCACCAAGGAGGAGCGUCGCGUAAUGCGCGGACGCAGCACAAGGGGCAUGUUGAGAAGGACCAUCUUCCUGCUGGGGACAGUCUCUUUGGCCUUUGUGGUGCUCAGCCUGCCUCGCUUCGUCACAUACUGCAUCCUGAGGACCAAGUACAACACGGAGAACUUUAACAGAAAUGACUACGGAGUCCCCAUCAACGUCGCCGGUGACUUAGCUAACAUGCUCCAGAAUCUGACCUCCACCACAAACUUCUUGCUCUACUGUAUGGUCAGCGGCCGCUUCCGACAGGAACUGCUUCGGGUGGUGACUUGUCAAGCCGUGACUCGAGAAGCUUCCUCCGUUCUCACGCACGCCAUGAAAGUCUUCUCGGUGUCAGAGCAUAAGGCCGCAUCAUCCCGCCACCGUGAUCCGUGA